AUGACUCAGUCGGCUUGUGGAGCAUGUGUACGAUGGAUUAAGACUCUUCGAUCUUACACGAGGCAUUUGACUGGAGUGGGCUUGGGGGGAAAGCGGGGCCGAGAAAAUUGCCGCUCGCACGUAAAUGACCGUGCCGGCGUAGUGGAAUUUGGCUUGUCGGAACAUGACGCUAGUGCGAGCUCUGAUCCCUUCGACACCUUACUCGCAUUCCUCCUUGCCAUCUGCCAUCCUCGACUCAGCCCCUCGAGCGCGAUCCGAGCUUUAAUCAUGGUCUUGGCAGUGGCCGCUCCACACAAACGUAGGCGUCUCGACUCGUCGCCAUCCGACUCGGACGACCAUGACGACGACGACCACCUCGACUCGUCGCGCUCGCCUUCUCCUGCAGCGGGCGCCCAGGCCAUCGCAAAGAUGAUCUCGUCUCAGCGACAUCCCUACCAUCAGUCAAGUAGUGGCAUGUCGCAAUCUGGUGCCAUCAACGGGCUCGCUGCAGCUAUGGAUGCACCUGCCUCGUCUUCCUCUUCUUCCGCCCCGACGUCCAAACAUCAGUGUGACGUUUGCUCAAAGACGUUUGCGCGACACGAGCACAUGCUUCGCCAUCGUGCUUCGCAUACCGACUCCGCUUCCUACGUUUGCGACGACUGUGGAAAGCGUUUCCGCAGAAGCGACGUCCUACAGCGCCAUCGUCGACUGCACGCCGCUCGUAAGGAGCUUUCGCUCGACAUCAACAGCUCCAAGCUCACAAAGCGACAAAAGUCGGCGCUCGCUCGCGUCGAAGCCGCCUGCCUCCGUUGCUCGUCCAAGAAGCUCAAAUGCGACGCCCAGAAACCUUCGUGCUCGCGCUGUCUUCGCAAGCCAGACGCCAAUUGCGUCUAUCCCUCUUCCUCCGUCGAGCCAUCGCCUUCCUCGCCCCAGCUUCGCAAUCGGUCUGCCUCUGUCAUGGACGACUCCUGGAUGCCAGAUUCGUCUGCUGAACUCGACUUCUCUGUCGAUGCUUCUGCUUCGCCCGUACCGACAUCGACGCCCUAUCCCGCUCAAGCACAAGCUAUCGAUCCUGCCAGCUUCUCCGCCACUGGCUCGUCAAUCUCGACCGACCCGUUUCCAGGCUUAACGCCCUCACCGAAUCGCGCACUCUAUCUGGAUCAAAGCUCAUCGAUGUCAACCGAUGCCUUGCCCGCGCAUCAGCCAUUCUGUCCGAAUCAACGAGUGCACUUUGCCGCACCGGCAGCAGCAGCAGCUCCACCCAACUCCGCAUCGUCAGUUCAGGAUCCGUCCCGCCUCGCAGCGCAUGCCGAUGCCACAACACCGAGAUCUUUCCAUCAAGCUGCCUCAUCCUUGCAUAACCACCAAGCUUCGGACACCCACGUCAUCGGCGCGACACCUGGCCUGGUUGACAUGGUCCAAAACACAGCGACCAUCCUUCAGCCGCCCAUCAACGUCGAUGAUCGCACGCUCAACGAUCUGCUCGGCUGGCUUGACGGACCAAAGGCUCUCGACACCAUCGCCGCAGGCCAGAUUGACUGGAUAUUUGGUGACAGUCCCGAAGCACCUCAACUUCUCGACUGGUCUCAGAUGCAGGACUGGGCCAACUUUAACCUUGCUGCAGUCCCCGGCGACUCUGCUGGUUCUGAUGUUCAGCAUCCACCUUUUGCAACAACGGAACAACACCAGCCGCCUGCCUCUCUGCACCAACAUCGUGCAUCCAUCGAAGAGGCGAUCCCGCACCAGAGUCCGCUCUUUGUCCUCAGUUCCGCCGCCGAGAUGAUCGACCCUCCCUACCGCACCCCGCAAACUCGAUCGCAACACCUUGCUCACCCGCGCUCAUCCAUCAGCGAGCACCCAGCCGCUUCACCUCGCGUCACCGCAAAUUCUCCCCGCAACCAUGUCGACCAUGUCCAUGGUGGCGCCGGAACUGACUCGAAAGCCGUUGCCGGAAGACGAUCUCGCUGGAAUAGCCCCGAGCUCGCCGACGACGACACGGUCCCCAGCGACUCCGCCAAAUCAGAUCCGUACGACAGCAAGCGUGACGGCGAGGAUGCAGCUCAGAUCGAUGCGACAAGGGCCGGUGAGCUGCAUCCCAGUGCCGCACGCCAUCCGAAGUCGACAUUGGGGCGAAGAGCAGCCGCGAUCGAAGCCUGGCCCAACCGUUGGAACCCAGCCAUCAAAGUCAACUCGCUGCCCACCUUCUCCUUUGUGAAGGCUACCGAAGAGCAUCUCAUGUCCGAAGACAUGGCGCACGUCAAAUCUGUCGGCCACACAGCCAUGUUGCGCAUGGCCGAGCACCUUCGCAACGCAGCAAGCGACCCGCUCGAACAAGAACGCUUCGAUGCCGCCUUUGCCACGCUCGAUGCCGCCACCCUCAACAUCUACCUGCAGCUCUUCUUCCACCACUGCUAUUCCUACUUGCCUGCGAUCCAUCAGGUCACGUUUCAUCCUGAUCGCUGCGAUCCUCGCUUGCUAGCCGCGCUCUGCGCUGUUGGUGCCUUUUUCUCCGAAGUGCCAGGUAGCCGGAACGCCGCCAUCUACCUUGCCAGUCUCACGCAGAUGAGCGUCAGCCGUGCUACGCUCUCCAACAAUGCGCUUGCCCGCGUCACCUCGACCUUCCAGUCGAUCGCGUUGAUCUACAUGAUCUGGCGAAGUGUCGGCGUCCCGUCUCGUCAGGAGUAUGCGGAAGCAUUCCGUAGCACCUACUGCACCAUGAUUCGACGUUGCAGGCUGCUCGAGAACAUCUCGCCUCCCAGACUGCCUGCCGAGACCACCCUCGACGAACGCUGGACCGCUUGGGUCUCAUGGGAGUCGGGCCGCCGCACGGCUUGGUCAACUUUGGUCUCCGAGACAGAGCUCUCGAUGCAUUGGAAUUUGCCGGAGCCGUUUGCACCGGACGAGCUCACCGGUAAGCUUCCAUGCGACGAUCGUCUUUGGGAAGCGCCAACCGCCAUCGAGUGGGCACAGAUGGCCACCUCGCUCUCGUCUCUCCACAGAUCGCUACAGGGCGAUGCUGAUAUGCUGCCGCACAUAAUUGGGCAAGAUAGCAUCGCUGCCUUCACCUGGCCGGACAACUCAUACCAGCUGGACGUGGCACGUGUCUGCGACGUCAUUCAGCGUACCGCAAAGUCACAGUCGGUGAGCGAAGCAGAGAGGGAGUCGAUCGCGAGACUCUCUCCUUUCAGCCGCCUCUGCGUGGGAUCCGCCGUGAUGCUGUCGACCCAUCACACGAUGAAGAUGGUACGCUUGUGCUCGAUGCUGCUCGGCGACGAAGAGCAGGCUAGGGAGCGCAUGCGAAAAUACCUCGCUGCCGCCACCGAGGUCUUGAGCACCAAUCAAGCCAGGGACGCACGUGUCGAUCUCCUGCUGCACGCGAUCCAGCUGUUUGAGCUCAUCUCUCCCGAGACGCUUCAGGUACUGUCAUGCCGACGCGGUGUGCCACGCAUGCAUGCUGCUCGACGACAGCUUUCGAACGAGCUCAACGAGGUCAAGCCUUGGAAGACGGCGUCGAUUGUGUUUCACGCGGGCCAGAUGCUUCGUCUCGCCAAACAGAGCUUGCAGAGGGCGCCCGUCGAGUGCCUGCACAUCUUCUACGCUGCUAUUGCCUUGCAGGCCGUCUCUCUCCUGGUGCUGCAGCAGGAUGCGCAUGCCCCACCGGCACAGAUUGUCCGAAUCACGUUCAAUGGUCCGGCACGCUCUGCAGCUCCUCGCGCUCCUUCGUCUCGCGUAGCUCACGACGCCCCUAUGGGACAGCCUCGACUAUGGCGAGCAGACUCCACGGCCUCGGGUGCAUCUUCGACGUCACCCUCUUCUGUCGGUGGUGGAGCCGCUCACAGCACCGCUGGUACCAGCGUCACAGGCACCACGCCGACAGAUGCACGCUGGCCAGCAGGGUCUGGUGCCAGAACGACGUUUAUGCUCGAAUCGGUCGGCAACCUUGCCCAUCCCAUGGCACCCGAGAAAGUGCUGUCGCUGGCAUCAAAGUGGCUGAGAGCCAAUGACGGCGUCGGUGUUUGGCCCAUUGGUCAGUCGCUGGCAAAGAUCCUGGACUCGCUCGCUACGCUGACCCCGAAGUAG